UGGGAAGCCGGGGAUGGAGCCGAGCGCGCUGGUGGCGUUUCUCCCUGCAGGCUGCUGCGGGGACACGCUCGGGUUGCCUGUCUGAAGGACAAACACAUUCACUCUGGAACUCCUGAUACUGGUGUUUUGAGGCUUAGCCUGGUCCCUCCUUGUUUCUGUGCAAGCAGGCACCAUAAAAAUGAAUAUCCACGGGAAAGGCUUCCCUUUGGAUCUUGGGGGAAGCUUCACCGAAGAUGCUCCAAGGCCACCGGUCCCUGGUGAGGAGGGUGAGCUAGUUUCUACGGAUCCAAGGCCAAUCAGCCAUGGCUUCUAUUCUGGGAAAAGUGACGUGAUUAAAAAUGAGACUUCUACAGCAACCCCAAGGCGCUCUGAUUUGGAUUUGGGGUACGAGCCUGAAGGGAGUGCUUCUCCGACUCCACCCUACUUGAGAUGGGCCGAGUCGCUGCACUCCUUGUUGGAUGAUCAAGAUGGGAUAAAUCUGUUCAGGACUUUCCUGAAGCAGGAGGACUGUGGAGAUUUGCUGGACUUCUGGUUUGCCUGCAGUGGCUUCAGGAAGCUAGAGCCCUGUGUCGCCAAUGAAGAAAAGAGGCUCAAAUUGGCUAAAGCAAUUUACAAAAAAUACAUUCUGGAUAAUAAUGGGAUCGUGUCCCGGCAAAUCAAACCAGCCACUAAAAGCUUCAUUAAAGAUUGUGUCAUGAAACUGCAAAUUGAUCCGGACAUGUUUGACCAGGCCCAAACUGAGAUUCAGUGCAUGAUCGAAGAUAAUACCUAUCCUUUGUUCCUUAAGUCCGAUAUUUAUUUGGAAUAUACAAGGACAGGUGGGGAAAGUCCUAAAAUUUAUAGUGAUCAGAGCUCAGGGUCUGGGACAGGGAAAGGACUGCCUGGAUAUUUGCCUACCCUUAACGAGGAUGAGGAGUGGAAGUGUGACCAAGACACCGAAGAGGAAACCAGCCGAGAUUCAGCCCCGUCCAGCAGGCUCACUCAAAAGCUGCUUUUGGAGACAGCUACUCAGCGUGCCACAUCAACCAGGAGAUACAGUGAGGGGAGAGAGUUCAGGCAUGGCCCCUGGAGAGAGCCAGUUAACCCCUACUAUGUCAACACCGGCUAUGCGCUGGCACCGGCCACCAGUGCCAAUGACAGUGAACAGCAGAGCAUGUCUAGCGAUGCGGACACCAUCUCGCUGACAGACAGCAGUGUAGAUGGGAUCCCACCGUACAGACUCCGAAAGCAGCAUCGCCGAGAGAUGCAGGAAAGUGCCAAAGCAAAUGGACGUGUGCCACUACCUCACAUUCCUCGUACAUACCGAAUGCCAAAGGAUAUCCACGUCGAACCCCAGAAGUUUGCUGCAGAGCUGAUCAAUCGCCUAGAGGAAGUACAAAGGGAACGCGAAGCUGAGGAGAAAUUAGAGGAGCGCCUUAAACGUGUCCGAGCGGAAGAAGAAGGCGAGGACGCGGACGUCUCUUCCGGCCCUUCUGUCGUUAGCCACAAGCUGCCUUCCGCCCAGGUCUUUCAUCACUUCGCCCCCCGUUACUCCGAGAUGGGCUGUGCGGGGAUGCCGCUGCGAGACGCGCAUGAAGAAAACCCGGAGAGCAUCCUCGACGAACACGUGCAGCGUGUCAUGAAAACGCCCGGCUGCCAGUCCCCCGGGCCCGGCCGCCAUUCCCCCAAGCCCCGCUCCCCGGAAAGCGGCCCCGCUGGAAAGGUGCCAGUGACAAUACCUCCCGGGCAUGGCAAGCAUGCCACCAAAUCAGGAAUGAAACUGGACGCCGCUAACUUGUACCACCACAAACACGUCUACCACCACGUGCACCACCACGGCGGGCUGAAACCGAAAGAGCAGAUCGAGGCGGAAGCCACCCAGCGAGUGCAGAACAGCUUUGCUUGGAAUGUAGAUUCCCAUAACUAUGCAACGAAAUCCCGGAACUACACGGAAGGCAUGGGCCUGGCGCCCAACCCCGCGGAUGCCUUGGGCUACAGCGGGAAGGCGGGGCUGCUCUCCAAAAGAAACGUCAAGAAGACGGAUUCAGGGAAGAGCGACGGGGCCAGCUACGAUAUGCCCGGCUCUCCUGAGGACGUGGAGAGGAACCAGAAAAUCCUGCAGUGGAUCAUAGAAGGAGAGAAGGAGAUCAGCCGGCAUAAGAAAACAAGCCAUGGGUUGAAGCCCCAGAAGAGACCAGGCAACGGCACGUCGCAGCCGUGUGAGAACAUCGUGGUGGCCUACUACUUCUGUGGAGAGCCCAUCCCCUACCGCACCUUGGUCAAGGGGCGCGUGGUGACGCUGGGGCAGUUUAAGGAGCUGCUCACCAAGAAAGGGAACUACAGGUAUUACUUCAAAAAAGUGAGCCACGAGUUUGACUGCGGCGUGGUGUUUGAGGAGGUGCGCGAGGACGAGGCCACCCUGCCCAUCUUCGAGGAGAAAAUCAUCGGGAAGGUGGAGAAGAUCGACUAAGGGGGCCUGGGCAGGCUUUGGAAAGCUAGACGGCCUGGAACUGCCCCCGAGUCGGC